GCCUGUCAAUAUGUUAGUUUGCUAUUUCGUAUUUUCACGAUUCUUUUCAAACAAGUGUACGCGAAAAGGAAUAACUUAAAGAAGCAAUGGCGAUUUGGUAAAAUUACAGGGAAAUCGCUAAUCGGGUGAAUCUAAACGAAGCUAGUGUAAUGAGAUGUCGAGCGUGGUUUCAAGAAGGCCAAAAUCGCCGAGUUAGAAGUACUGGAAUUGAUCAAAGACAGACUACAGAGCAACAGGAUAGUUAUCUACACUAACAAACAACGGGAUAACUGCACAAUAACAGCUAUACGGAAAAUCAACAUUCUAGUAAGGGCUAAUCUAGUUAUUAACCACACAUGACCUGGCAAAGCUGUUAAAGGACUAUAAUGAAUGCAAUUCGCAUAUUUGUAAGUUAGAUUACAAAUGAUGACAAAACAUAACACAAUUCAUCAACUUGGUACUCGUGAAGAGAGAUUUGGAUCGGAGAGGGACCCGAACUUUUCGGUGAGAACUCUUGAGGACGAAACUGUCGUGGAAGUUAAUUUAGGGCACGACAGUGGGAUGGGACCGCAGAAGAAAGAAUGGAGAAAGCUUCCAGGAGCCCAAAGGAAGAUGGUGAAAGCUACGAAACUGACAGAUGUGUCUUAG